GCCGGAAGUUUAUAGAUGUUGGACGGGAGCGAUGGAAAGAUGGCGGCGGCCGUGGUACAGAUGUCAUGUUUGUACCGAGGAAUGUUAGCGGUCAGGGCCACCGGCAUUAGGACAAUGAUCCCUGGGCUGGUACCGGCGCAGUUCCGAGCCUUCUCGGUGCGGAAGGAGCCGGAGCUGGAGGAGAAUCCGUUCUACAGCAAGUACCAGGACAAGAUCCAGAAGCUGCGCAGUGCCAAACCACAGGAGUACAAGGCCCGACUGGAGAAACGGCAUGAGGCCAAGCGUGAAGUGCUCGGACACUCGAAGCAGGCGGAGUUCGUCAGGCUCAUGGAGCAGGAGCUGGAGAAAAGAGACAAGACGGCCGCUGGUGACGGAGCGUCGGGAGGUUUCACGAAGAACAAAACGCUGGGCUCCAUCCUCAACAUGGAGAUGAUCAGGGACAAGACGGGGGAGGAGAUCGCAGAGCUGUGGAUGAAGUAUUACUCGACCAAGGACACGGUCAGCGCCGUCAUCCCGAAACAGAUCUACGAGCUGAUUUUCAGCAGGUCGCAGUCCUGUCAGAUGUUCCUCUACGCUUUGCCUCAGCAGGAGGGUUAUGAGUUCUUCGUGGGUCAGUGGUGCGGACAUGAGCUCCACUUCACCUCGCUCAUCAACGUGCAGACGCUGGGCGAGAACGCUCCCAGUCAGCUGAUCCUCUACCACUACCCAGACCUGAAGGAGGAGAAGGGCGUGGUCCUCAUGACGGCCGAGAUGGACCCCAAGUUCAUAACCGUCCACCAGGCUCAGUGCUUGGCCAAUCAGGUGCAGCUGUUCUACGGCACGCAGAGGCAGGAGACGUACCGAUUGGUCGAGACGUUUAACCACCAGCCUGCAGACUUCAAACACAUGUCAGUGAUAGCCGAGCUGGAACAGAGCGGCUUGGGGCCCGCUGUGGCCCCCGGAGGAUCGUAGGGAGACCAGAGACGGACUGAACUGGGAUUCCCAGGACCUGUUGUUGUUUGUUUGAAGACAUGAAGAGGAGAAGCUUUGUGCUUCUUUGCUCAGAAAUCUCCAUGUUUUCAGCCCGCAUUAAAGUGUGCAGCAGCGGCUGUGAUGAAGUCUGCUCCUCAUCUUUUCAUUGUGCAUAAAUAUGUGACGUACAGGAGAAUAAUGUGGUACUAAUCGGCUUUCUGACACAUAAAUGGGUCCCCCGGUCCACAUCAGGAUGACAGACUUUGUUACCCCUAAAAACCCAUGUGACGUUCAAUAAAUCAUCUUCAAAAGCCCAAA